AUGCAUCACGUAAAGCAGAACAGGAGAGAAAGAGGAGAGGGUUUACUCAUGGAGAGAGGCUCCACUACUGCUUACAGAAAAGAGUCGAUCGUGCCCGGCAAAGCAAAACUGAAUGCAAUCACCAUUCUGGUCAAUAGAGAGAAGCCACAACGAGAGGGUUCAGAAAAGGGUCCAAAUUGCGAAGAGAGAAUAGAAUAUGGCGGAUGGAAUAUGAAUGGCUUCGUCCACAGCCCCGUCUCCUCCCCACGGACUCACUCAAAAACCAGCGACACGGCGGGAGAGAAGAGACCGAUGAAGUCGUUGGAAGUGAGCGGCAUGAAGAUUCCAAUUAGACCAGACAGGUCCUCGCGAAAGAUUCGAACCAUGGCCCAGAGCAAAGGUCCAGAGAAACGGUUGCAGGCAAUCAGAGAAGGAGAGCAGAAAGAACCAGAACGGUUGCGUGUGGCUAUCACCAGCAUCAGCUGCAGUAUAUGCAUCUCUGACGAGUGCCAAAUAGCCGACUACCACGGUAGACAUCCCGGUUCCUUCUCAAUGCCCCCAACUCAUCUCCCACGAACCAGCCUCCUUUUUCCCCUCGGCAGGUGUAGCUAUGCAGCCUCCAAUCCCAAGAGACUAGACGUGCAUUGUAAGGGUAUCACUUUUUCCUCCCAAGAGCAUGUCACAGACACCUCAAAAAAGUAA